AGAGCUCGGGGAUGCGUAAGCCAUUUGAGUGGCAAUAAAGAGCUGUGGAUGAGCCAUUGAUGUGGCGAACUAUACUCUCCCCUCUCCCCACUCUCCGUUUGAAACCUCUUCCUUACAAAUUGUUUCGAGAGCUCCAACUCCCAUGUGAGAAAUCGCAAUACCCAUCUCAUUUCUCCGCAAAAAGCACUUCUUUUUUUUUUUGUUUUUUAAAUUCUCCUGCUAGAAGCGCUUCUGCAAGAAUCCAUGCCAACCCUAGUCCACUCCGUUUCCCCCCUUCCGAGAAGCAGCGCCACCUCCGACGCAAACCGAUCCAAACCAUGCUUCCUCCCCCAUUCCCCCAAAACCCUAGUUUUCCCCAAAACCAGGGGCUUUUCUAGGGCUUUGUCCUCGACCCACGUCGCAACAAUCCCCUCCAAAGACGCGGGCUUUUCCCUGCCCAACUGGAGGAACGGUAAGAGCGAGUCGAGGAGCAAAGAGCUCCGGCUCCACGACGCUUUCCUUUAUUUGGAGUUCAUGGUGGGGAAAGGGCACAAGCCCGAUCCGGCGCAGGCCACUCAGCUCCUGUAUGAUCUGUGCAAGCUCAACAAGAUCCGAAAGGCGGUUCGCGUAAUGGAGUUGAUGGUCCGCUCCGGUAACACUCCCGACCACUCCACGUACACUUUCUUAGUUAACCAGCUGUGUAAAAGAGGAAAUGUUGGGUAUGCCAUGCAACUAGUCGAUAAAAUGGACGAAUACGGGUGCCCCCCGACGACGAUCACGUACAAUUCUUUGGUUAGAGGGCUCUGCGUUCAUGGCAAUUUGCAGCAAAGUCUCCAGCUUUUAGAGAGAUUGAUGCAUAAGGGCUUGAUCCCAAAUGUGUUUACUUACUCGUUUUUACUAGAAGCAGCUUAUAAGGAGAGAGGGGUCGACGAGGCCGUGAGGCUACUAGAUGAGAUCAUGCGUAAGGGCGGGAAACCUAAUUUAGUUAGCUAUAAUGUUCUCCUCACUGGUUAUUGCAAGGAGGGUCGGUUAGACGAGGCCGUGAGUUUCUUUAGGAGUUUACCGUUAAAGGGGUUUAGUCCGAACGUGGUUAGCUAUAACAUUUUGCUGCGGAGUUUGUGUUACGAGGGGCUGUGGGAGGAGGCGGAGGAGCUUUUAUCCGAGAUGGGCGAUAGGGAUUGUUCUCCGAGUAUUAUAACGUACAACAUUUUGAUCGGGUCGCUUGCCUAUAAUGGUCGGACGGAGCAAGCGCUAGCGAUUUUGGAGGAGAUGGCGAGGAAUCGGUUCAAGCCCGUGGCUGCGAGCUAUAACCCUAUAAUUGCGCGGUUUUGUAAGGAGGGGAGAUUGGAUAUGGUGUUGAAAUGCCUUGACAUGAUGAUGCAUAAGAAUUGUGCUCCAAAUGAGGGCACUUAUAAUGCCAUUUCCGUGCUUUGUGGGGAAGGGAAGGUGGUAGAAGCCUUCUCCAUACUCCAAAAUUUGGCGAGUAAGCAGAACGCUUCGAUGCAUGACUUCUACCGAAACGUGAUUUCGUUCUUGUGCAAGAAAGGAAACACUUAUGCGGCGUUCCAACUUCUGCACGAGAUAACGAGGCACGGGUUUGUUCCUGAUAGUUAUACUAAUUCAUCUCUGAUUAGAGGUCUUUGCAUGGAGGGCAUGUUGGAUGAGGCUAUCGAAAUAUUCGAAGUGAUGGAGGAAAAUGGUAGCGGGCCUGAUUUAGACAAUUAUAAUGCGCUAAUACUCGGGUUAUGCAAGGCGCAGAGAACGGAUCUAUCGUUCGAUAUAUAUGAAACUAUGAUCGAGAAAGGCUAUGUGCCUAAUGAAACGACGUAUACAAUCCUCGUUGAAGGGAUUGCUCACGAGGAUGAAACGGAUUUGGCUGCGGAGGUUUUGAAAGAAUUGCAUAUGAGGAAUGUUAUAAGCCAGAAUACCAUGGAGAGAAUCACUAUGCAGUAUGACUUGGAAUAGCUUUUGUUUCUUUUUUGGGAAAUCGAGGGCAAAAAAUGCGAGAAAAAAGAUUUUAGUGGUUGGUUGAGGAACUCGGUUUCGAAGUUGUAGCAUAAAGAGUUGGCUCCUUUGCCAUUUUUCCGGAUCCUGACAUGUAUCUUAAGUCCUGCUUUGGUUGAUCAAAUCCUAAAGCUGAACACAAUCAUAUAGGCAUGAAUGUGUUUCCCUGAAUCCUGAUGGAAGAGUCAUACUUAAGAGCUUCAGAUGCUUACUUUUCUUAAUUGAGAAUGUUCAGCUUAAUUGUGUAGGAUGGAUUGUUACCUCACUCAUCCCAGUGGUUCAUGUUGUGGUGAUGCUUAAAAUUGACCUUUUACUGUUUGAGAGAGUGGUUAGAUUAUCAGCUAACUGGUUUGUAGAUACAUAAUAUUACUCAAAUAUGAACUUUUUGAUGCCAUGAGAACACUACUAGAUAGAUGCUGUGAAUCAUAUAUUAAACAUGAAUGAUGAUCCAACAUUUCUCUUUUCA